AGUGAAGUGACUCAAACCCCCAUUUUAUUCAUUUCCAAACAGCCCUUGAAAUUUAACAUUUAACAUUUUCAAAAAAAAAAAACCAAUAAAGCCUGAAAAACUGUGUGUUUGUUAAAUGAAUUUAGUGAAUGUUUGUGAUGCCCUUUAAUUUUAAUUUUAUGUUUUAUUUAGUUUCUGUUAUUUUCAGUUUGUGUUGGAGUAAACUUUUGCACCCAGCUCGCUUUGCAGCUCCUUAUACGGCUCUGAGCUGCGGGAGGGGCGUGGCUAUGCCCCCGUGUGUGUGUGUGUGUGUGUGUGUGUGUGUGUGUGUGUGUGUGUGUGCGUGUGUGUGUGCGUGUGUGCGUGUGUGCGUGUGUGUGUGUGUGUGUGUGUGUGUGUGUGUGUGUGUGUACGGUGUUGCCAGUUCCGCGGUUUUCCUGCGUUUAUAUUAAUUCACAGCAAAGUGCUGAUUAUUUAUAACAGAAAACUAGUGAAUAAAUAAUAAAAAUGUAAAACUAUAAUUAGUCAAUUAAUAAUAGAAAUUUAAACCGUCUGAAAAAAAGCUGAAUAAUAACUGUAAGAAUAAUAACUGGUUUUAUCUUGUGCUGUAAAUGUGUACAGAGAGAAAAUAAGAAAAAAACUUUUCUAAAAUAAAGUUUAGAAGAUAAUAAAAAGAUCGUUGUUGUCUCUCGAGAGUGUUAGUCGCUAGCACACUUAGCCUGUGCCGCUAAUCUGCUAAUCGCUAAUACGGAGCUGUAACGCGUAAAUCGAUUAAUCAAAAAUCAUCCAAUUUCCCGACUGAUUAGUGGUUUAUUUAAUUAGUGUUUUACUGCAGAGAAGAAAAUACAAACAGAUAUAUAUACUGUUAUAUAUUAUAUAUUAUAUAUUAUAUAUAUUUUAGGAUGAAACAGUCGCAGGCGCGAGCGAUUUUUACUUUAAUACAGAAGGAAUUAAAAGUUCGUUAUCGCGAGCGUGUUCAGGUGCCGCGUUCUCCUGCUCACAGUCACGCUGGAUUAAAUGACGGAUUUAUUUCAAGAACCAACUGAAUCAAUUAGAAAAUAUCACACAGUUACAAAUAAAAAUAACUGCAUGAGCGAGCAGUGUGAAAGAAAACAGUCUUAUUUAAUUGCUGAUGCUUAUUGCAUUAAAAGCUACCUGUUUAUUUUAUUUUUUUAGAAAGGAAUGAGAAGGAAUUAUAUGAAACUGGACUUUCCCACGUUUGAGCUGAUCUGGAGUUCUGCAGAGUUUUGGGGUGUUUUGUGACGCAGAUCUGGCAACCCUGAAUUUCUCACGUCAGGGCUGAAGUUGGAGAAGUUGGAUGAGACACAGGAGAGCUGGAGGAAAUUAAAAACCCCUAAAAUCAGCAGAAGCACAGAGGAAAGUCCAGCUGCGCGUCAGAGUGAAGGCUUUAUCUCUGCGUUAUUCCCCACUUCUGCUCCUGGUUUGGAAUUCUGCACUGAUCUCGUGGACGUGGAGCGAGCUGCUUGCGUUAUCUGUGUUUCUUCUUCUUCUUUUCUGUAAACAGCAGAAUGUUGGUGUUGCAUUGAUAAAGGAGAGCGUUAGGAGUGUAAGUGUGUUCAGUGCUGCAUGUGUGCGUUUGCUCGGUGAGCUCAGGGGCGAGACGGGACACGAGUCAGCAGCUGAGGAUUAAACGCCUUUCACACAACAGUAGCAGCUUGGAGCUGGGAUUUAAACUCACGACCUUCCGGUCAGAAGCCCGAAUCCCUAACCACUGAGUCACCACGUGCGUGUCAGGAAGUUAUUUUUAUGCUUUCUGGACUAGAAGGACGCUGGAUUUCACUCACAGGUUCUUUGGCGUCUUCAGGAGCUGAUACGAGACGUCAUGAAAAUAAAAGAAGUGGAAUUUAGAGGAGAGAGAGAAGCUCGGACGCCUUUUAGACCUUUAACGCGUCCCAUGUUCCUCAUUGCACUUUCUCAUCUCUAUGGACGUGUGUGAUUUCCCUCACGCCCUCCUCACACCCCCCCACGCGCCCCACUGCGGCCAUGUUGUCUCUGUGUGUUCUGUGUGUUGUGUUGGACGUGGGCGGAGCUCUAUGGGACUGGAUGAAGCCCAAUCAGGUGGAGAGCGACUCGGAUCGUUUCGGCGGCGUGUUUAAACCCAGACCUCCUCCUCACAUCAUCUUCAUCCUGACUGACGAUCAGGGCUUUAACGACAUCGGCUACCACAGCGCCGAGCUGCACACCCCCACCCUCGACAAGCUGGCGGCCGAAGGAGUGCGACUGGAGAAUUACUACGUGCAGCCGCUGUGCACGCCGUCACGCAGCCAGCUCAUCACGGGCAGGUAUCAGAUCCACACGGGUCUCCAGCACUCGAUCAUCCGUCCCCGUCAGCCGAGCUGCGUCCCGCUGAACGUGUCCACGCUGCCGCAGCGUCUCCAGGAAGCCGGUUACUCCACCCACAUGGUGGGAAAAUGGCACCUGGGCUUCUACCGUAAACGCUGCCUCCCGACGCACCGCGGCUUCCACACAUUCUUCGGCUCUCUGACAGGGAGCGUGGAUUAUUACACCUUCGACUCGUGCGAUGGGAAAUCUCUGUGCGGCUUCGACCUGCACGACGGCGACUCGUUAGCGUGGAGCAAAGCGGGAAAAUACUCCACUCACCUGUACACUCAGAGAGUGCGCAAGAUUUUAGCGACACACGAUCCGUCUCAGCCGAUCUUCCUCUUCCUGUCCCUUCAGGCGGCUCACGCUCCUUUAAAACCGCCCAAAUCGUAUAUUUAUCCGUAUCGCACCAUGGGGAACGUCCCACGCAGGAAAUACGCAGCGACGAUCUCCAUCGUGGACGAGGCGGUGCACAACAUCACGUAUGCUCUACGCAAAUACGGCUACUAUCGCAACUCCAUCAUCAUUUUUUCUACAGAUAACGGAGCGCAGCCGUUCACCGGAGGGAGCAACUGGCCCUUAAGAGGGCGCAAGGGGACUUACUGGGAGGGCGGAGUCAGAGCGCUGGGGUUUGUGCACAGCCCGCUAAUACGCUACAAGCGCAGGAUUAGCAGAGCGCUAAUCCACAUCACGGACUGGUUCCCGACUCUCGUACGUUUGGCCGGAGGAACCGUUUCACAGAAUGAGAAACUGGACGGUUACGACGUUUGGCCCGUCAUCAGUGAGGAUAAAGCGUCUCCCAGGUUUGAGAUCUUACACAACAUCGAUCCUCUGCAUCGGCGGGGUUUAGGGUCGCUGCAGGAAGGCAAGGGAUUGUGGGAUACGGCGGUCCAGGCGGCCAUAAGAGUCGGAGAUUGGAAGCUUCUGACCGGAGAUCCAGGUCACGGCGACUGGAUCCCUCCUCAGGUGUUAACCAGCUUCCCGACCGGAUGGUGGAACCUGGAACGAGGAAACGUGGACAAGGAAAAGAAGUCGAUUUGGCUCUUUAACGUCACGGCGGAUCCGUGCGAGAGAAACGACCUGGCGGAGAACCGACCCGACGUGGUGAAGAAGCUCCUCCAGCGCCUGGCCUUCUACAACAGCACAGCCACGGCGGUCCGGUACCCGCCUGACGACCCGCGCGCCAAUCCGCAGAACAACGGCGGGGCCUGGAGACCGUGGGUGAAGGACGAGGACAACGAGGAGAACUGGGAGGGAAUCUACUACAAACGAGGAAGGAACCGCAAGAGGAAGAAGUGCAGGCUCUGCAACAUCCAAUCGUUCUUCAAGAAACUCAACAAAAAGAUCCUGGCCAGUAGAAUAUGAGGAGAACCGGAACCCUCUCACCGAGACGUCACAUCACGCUACGAACACUUUAUAAAAGAGGGAAGAACCCAAAGGGGCGGAGCUUAACAGCAGACCCGGAACAGUAUUAAUAUAAAAUUCAUAUAAACUCAAAGGUUCUAAAGGUUCUAGAUCCUAAACCUGCUGUGUGGAGACUUUUCCUUAUUCUCUGAACAAAUGUUUCCUAAAGAGGUUCCACUUUUCUGAAAGAUGCUGCACAUGUUAACCUUUAAGCAUUCCUUAUAGAAUUAAUAACCUUUAAACAUUAGCAGGAAACCGAGAGUGUAAGAAAUCAGCGUGGAAGGUUUUCAUGAGGAACCCUGAAGAGAGACGAGUGCAGGUUCUGCAACAUUUUAGCCUUAAAGCUGGAAGUUACAGUUCAGCCUGAAACGGACCACAAUGUUCCUUUAUUCCAAACACGUUUACGCCUUUAGACCUGCACUCGAGCUCCGAGGAUAAUGUCGCUAGUAAUGAAAGCUAGCUACCAGUUUAGCAUCAGGUGAUCCGUAUAAUCCUCACACACUCACCUCAAAACACACAAGAUUUAGUUGAAUCAGUUUGUAAAACUUUAUAUGAAACAGGAAAUCCUGUAAAAGUGUGCGGUUAUGGUUUGUGACGCACACGGAGCAGAUCCGAGCUCUCAGACUUCACAUCGUCUCAGAAGUAAAAGGGUUUAGUUUCUCGCAGGUGCAGUGUGAUGUGAAGACGAUGAGAAACAGAACCGUGACGGAAACAUAAAAUCUGAUCAACACAACGUCUUAGAAAAUCUUCAUAAAGAGAGGAAACAAAAAGAGGCAGAAUACAAGACCAGUAUUCUCUAAUGUGGUGAUAUCAUGGGGGCGUGGCCUUUCUCAUUCAGUGGGUGUGGUCUUUUACAUUCAGUGGGUGUGGUCUUUUACAUUCUGUGGGCGUGGUAUUGUUCUUUCUAUGGGUGUGGCAUUUCUUAUUCUACGGGCGUGGCCUUGCUCUUCAUGUGGGCGUGGCCUUGCUCAUCCUGUGGGCGUGGCCUUGCUCAUCCUGUGGGCGUGGCCUUCCUCUCUACCACACAAAGCUAUGUUUGUCAGCAGUUACAUCACUGAAGGCUUCUGAUUGUCGAGAAUUUCCUGAAUGCAGCCUUCGUUUCUGAGAAAUCCGAACACACACACUGAUGAAUCAUUAGAAGACUUUUUUUCAUCUGAGUUCUAACAAAGAUUCCUCUUUCACAGCUUCAGAUUCAGAGACACGCAGAGAGGAAGACGGCGGUCCACAUCGGACUGUAACCUGACUGCGGUCAGAGCUUUAUCUCGAGCACAGCAGCAUUUUUAUCUGAGCCUGAAACGUCUGAGCCAGAGCAGCUCGAGACCAGAGCAGAUCUUUUACUCUGAUGGAACUGUUGAUGAUGUCUUUAAAUCAGCUUGAAUCUGAGCCUCCACGUUGCCAUGGAAACGCCACCAUGGGAUGCAGGAUCCCUAAAAGGCUGUGGACUCACCUGCUUUUACUGCUAGUGACGUCGUUCUUAUUUCUCAUGUGAUCUCACGGCAUUAUCUUAAUAUUAACUUGGUUUGGUUGAGAAAACGAAACUUAGUUCUGUCUAAAUAACGAAACUUUGUUUACAUAAACUGACUUUGUUUACUCGACAUUAAGAAAUUUUGCUCAUCAGAAUGAAACUUUGUUCAUUAUAAUGAGAUGCUGAGAAAUAGUUUAUUAAAUACAGUGCAUUCAGAACGUAUUCAGUCAUUUCCCCAAAACGCAGGCAGCUCCUUUCACCUCACGGCCUGUGUGUGUGUGUGUGUGUGUGUGUGUGUGUGUGUGUGUGUGUGUGCGUGUGUGUGUGUGCGUGUGCGCAGUUCCAAAUCAGAUCAGGUCCAAUGAGCUGCACGUCCCUCAGGUGGACUCUGAUCACAGAGCAGGAACGAUCCGAGCUGCACUGAGCUACAGUGUCACAGCAAAAGCUCUGAAAGCGUCAGUGUGUCAGUGAGUUUCAGCUUUUUCUGUUUAAUAAAUUUGAAAAGUUGUCACAGAUCUGGGUUUUGCUUUAUCAUUAUGGUUUAUGGAGUGUAGACUGAUGAUAAGACUGCAGCUUAAAAUGAAGGGGUCUGAAUGGUUUCUGAAUGCACUGAACAUCGGGAAAAACUGUUUCCUCGACAAAACAAAAGAAUUUAAUGUACAGAGGCAUUUCAUUAUUUACUGCUACACCACAGUUCCACACCUGUUUACAUAAUUUACAUAAUUUACAUAAUUAUUUACAUCAUCUACUUUUAUAAAUUGGUGGUACUGGCUCGAUGGGUGAUUUUUUCCUUUCUUUAAAAAAGCACCACAAUUUUUAAUUUUUAAAUAAUUAAAGUAUGCUGUUAUUGUUAACCUGUAAUAAUAAUAAUAAUAAUAAUAAUGAGAAAUAAUGAGCUCAUUAUCAUAGGAAAAUGAUGGAGUGUGUGUAAUGACAGCUCAGUUGUGCAGUGUGUGUGUGUGUGUGUGUGCGUGUGUGCGUGUGUGUGUGUGUGUGUGCAUGUGUGUGUGUGUGAUGGUGAAUAAGGGUUUGUUAUCAGACUGAGAGUGUUCAGAAGUGAGAUGUUGGAGUUAAUAACACUGUGAACGUUGCUUUCCUCAGCAGUGUGUGUGUGUGUGUGUGUGUGUGUGUGUGUGUGUGUGUGUGUGUGUGUGUGUGUGUGUGGGUGUGUGGAACCUGUUCCUACAUGUGUGUGUGUGUGUGUGAUGAUUAAUGAUGAAUUGUACGGCGUGUAAUGACACGUGUGUUGGAGGAACCCGGUGUAGAAGUGUGAUGGUGAUCCAGAGGUUCCUUGUGUGAAGGUGUGUUAGCAUUAGCGACGUAGCUCCAGUAACUCAUUUGCCUGUUACAUCACGGCGCUCUUACUGAAUUCUGGAUUCUGAUUGGUCAGGAUGAAUUUUCUGUAACAGCAGCUCUGACAGAAGUUCCAGCUGGAAGGAACUAACGCGUGUCACUGACAUUCCACAACAUUAAAUAUAACUCUAAAGGGAUAAAAA